AUGGAUGGAGAUUCUUAUCGUGUUUCUGAUGGUUGUGUUACACAUGUUUCUAAGGAGGUCACACUAGAGUCUCAGAAGACUUCUGUUUGUUCUUCGAAAGGAAUGCAAACAGACAGCAGCAAUUCUGUCUCAUCGUCGGUCUCAAUUCAAGCAUAUGAGCAGUCUAAUGUUGCAACUUCUUUUAUUGACAUGAUGGAGCAGACAAUUCCAAAACAUGAUUUGCUCACCAGCAAUGAGAGUUUCGAAUCACAUCCAUCCAUCUGCUCUCCUGCCCCCUUUGCUUAUACUGAGAUCACUGAACAUAUUUCUGGACAAAAACAUGUAUGUGAUCCUACAUCUGUUCCUUGCUUAGUUGAGACAACUGAGGGUAAUCUAGAUCUUCAUGCUACCACUGCCAUUGAUGGGAAAACAAGUUCUAGUACAGCUUCAGAUCUCCCAGUCACAAGUUCUGAGGAAAUUGUUAUUUCGAAAGAUGAAGUGCCUGCAGAUAUGUAUGCUAUAAAGCCUGAUGAUACCCCAGAAAGCAGGCCUGAUCAAUUGCUUCAAUCAAAUCUUACAUCUUCAUCAAGUGGUGAUGACAAAUUCACUGUAAGGGAACGUCUAUCAUCUUUUGCAGAAGUUUCCCCUUCCAUCUCCUCACCUGUGUCAUAUAGCCAAAAUAACGUAAAGCAAGGUAAUGGUAUCAUUUUGCAGAAUCCUACAGUUGAAAGGCCUAGUACUGCCCAUCAUCCUUCAGUUUUUGAUGAUGUCAUACAUGUUAUACGGCAUAGUAGUUUUCGUGUUGGGAGUGAGCAACCAGUAAUGGAAAAUGUUGAGAUGGGGAUUCAAAAUGUGGAUGUUGGGAAGUUAUUGAACGUAGUGAGGGAUGAACUGGAGAUGAGAAACGUGACGACUCCGAUGACUCUGAAGUCAUCAAGUUGCUCUGAUGUGGACUUACAUUCUGGUGUUCUGGAAAUGGAUACGAAAGAACCAACUCCUGUAAAAGCCGACAAUUUUGAGGCAGCAAGACCUAGCCCCUCUCCCAUGAAAGAAGAGGAAUUGCCAGCCAAAGAAACUUUGGAUGUGAAGUCUUUUAGGCAGAGGGCAGAGGCCCUUGAAGGGCUUUUAGAGUUGUCUGCAGAACUUCUGCAGCAGAGUAGAUUGGAAGAACUUUCAGUUGUUUUGAAGCCUUUUGGAAAAGAUAAGGUCUCCCCAAGGGAGACAGCUAUCUGGUUAGCGAAGAGCCUCAAGGGAAUGAUGAUUGAAGAGGGUGGACGCAAUUCAUGA